GCCCCUCCCCCGAGGCUGGGGGUAGGGGGUGGAGGGGGGGGGGGGUGUCGCUCGGGCCUCCGCGCAGCGCAGGAGGCGCGUCGUUGGCACAACCACUCGGCUGGUUAGUCGAGUAGUCGCGUCCGGACGAGAAUACAGAUAGGUGGUGGCUACGUAGCUUCUUGCUCGUCCGUCGUCAACCUCCAAGAUUCAACAGUCGGCGAGGAGGAAAAGAGAGGGGAGAGUAUCAGGAAGGAGGAGGUUACAACGAGCAGCAAAUUAUGGGGCUCACAGACGACCUGCUGCGCUUUGAUUGGACCGGUGUGGACGCGGAACUACAGAAAAAGACGGAGGACGCAUUUGCCGAGCUGCGACUGACAGAAGAACAAAUCGAACGGGUCCAGCGGGUAUUCCUAGAAGAGAUGGAGCGUGGAUUGGAUAAACAGAGUGAAUCUCCGUCGAGUCUGCUGAUGGAGAACACCUUCCUACCGGAACUCCCAAACGGUCACGAGACGGGCGAGUAUCUGGCGCUGGACCUGGGCGGCACCAACUUCCGCGUCAUGUACCUCCGGAUCGCAGACGGGAAGGUUGUCGAACAGGACUUCCAGAGGUUCGAGGUGGAUGAGGCGCACCGGUACGGCAGCGGGGAGGGCCUGUUUGACUUCCUCGCCGGCUGUGUUCAGAGCUUCCUGCGCGAAAAACACCCCAGCGGAAGGCACUUUGAGCUCGGGUUUACCUUCAGCUUCCCCAUGAUCCAGAAGUCGCUGGACGUGGGAAUACUGCAGACUUGGACCAAGUCCUUCAAGGCGUCCGGCUGCGUGGGCCAGGACGUCGUCAAGAUGCUGAACGAAGCGCUGCAUAGGCGCGGGGACAUCAACGUCGACGUCGUCGCCAUCAUGAAUGACACAACAGGCACUCUGGUGCAGGGUGCCUCUCAGGACCAGCAUUGCGCCAUCGGUGUUAUUCUGGGCACGGGUAGCAACGCCGCCUACAUUGAGAGGGUGGACCGGGUGAAAAAGUGGGACCACCACCAGAACGGAAUCAAAGAGGUGGUCAUUGACGUCGAGUGGGGCGCAUUCGGUGAUAACGGAGUGCUCGACUUUGUGCGGACGGAUGUCGACAGAGCAGUGGAUGACCUAUCACUGCUGGUCAGCUCCUUCACGUUUGAGAAGUACUUUUCGGGGAAGUACCUUGGCGAGGUGUUCCGUCAGUGUAUGCUGAAGGCGCACCGUGAUGGGGUGCUCUUCGAGACCGUAUCGGAGAAACUGAACACCGCCAACAGCUGCACCACAAAGCAUGUGUCCAUGCUGGAGAAGGACACGAUAGAUGGCACUGGCCACCACCUGGAGGCGGUGAUGGAGGAGCUCCAGCAGACUCACAGCGCCGCCGAUCUGGUGGUGCUGCGCUACAUCUGUGCGCUCAUCACCGUCCGGGCGGCCGUGCUCGUGUCAGCCUGUAUAUCGGUGCUUCUGAAGCGCAUUGACCGUGACGAUUGCAGUAUAGCGGUCGACGGAACCCUGUUCAAACUGCACCCGAGACUGGCCAGCCUCAUGGAGACAGCUAUCGCUGUGCUGGCUCCCAAACACAAGUUUCACCUGUUCUUGGCUGAGGACGGCAGCGGCAAAGGAGCGGCCCUGGUAGCCGCCGUGGCCAAGAGACUACGCAACCGAAAAUGAAACCACACGAAGACUAGCGUAGGGGUGUGAAAGUGGACCGCAGAAUUGGUGAUUUUUCGGUAAAAAUCGCUGUGAAAAGUCAGCAGAUCUGACUGCCAGGCGCUGGACAGUGGUUAGGAUGUCAGCCGGUUUUGAGAGACGCCGAGAAAGUCGUGGAUUGUCUAAGAAAGUCGCCAGAUCUGGGGAUUUUGCGUCGCUGUGAUGUCAAUUUUGCUGCAACUUGGUGAUGCGAAUCAGAGUGUCGAUGCGUCAAAGACGAAUAAUUAAUUGUUCGUAUAGUGAUGACAAGCCUCACAACACGCGACUUGUUGAUUUGUACAGCUGGAUGGACUCGUAGCUCAAUGUUCUUGUACAAGAAGAUUUAAAUAGUUUUCUUUCUGCAAAGAUUUGACAAGAUGAGACUAUAGAGAGUUAUGAUCGUUGCCAAGCGAAAGUGAAGUUACUGUUUAAUAGCACGUGCAUAUCUGCGAAAAGGCGAUGAAUGAAUGAAACAUUUUAAGAGAAUGACAAAGAUACGGAUGAAGCAACAAUUUAUUUCUUUUGAAAUACGUAGCAACAGCCCCGUAAAAUUGCAAUAGUGAUUCGCUCACAGCGAUCUAUUGAUAAAAAGUGUCGUUGGAUAAACGAAAGUGUCGUUUUGUAGACAACAUGCCGGUAGGUUCGUUGUUAGGAAUGGUGAUACAUGUAUGCUGUGUUGGGGUUUUGUAGUGAAAAUGCAUGCGUUUUUAUUAGUAAUUCUUGUCAUUGCUCAGAGUGUGGGAUGAACGAUUUUCAUGUGGACUGUCGGGAACUGUGCAAUGUUGACUUAUUUUCGUGAGAACAGUGUGUGUGAUUUGUUUUGAGAGAAUGCCUCACAGUGUAAAGCAGAAGUGUGAGAAUUGAGCCAGUGUUGUAUAAUGCUUCGCAAUAACGCUACCGUUUUAUCCGUUUUUUUUUUUUUUAAUCAGCAAGCACUAUAAAGAGGUCGAAACGGUAUAAAGAGAUUAGUUGAGUCUGCCGGAAUACCUUCACAAAUCCGUUCAUUUAAACAACCGGGGUUAAAGUGCCUUGCAGAAUGCAGUGUUGGUAUUGCCAACAAGUCAUUUUCGUAACAAAACGACUUCUUGAUCGAAAUAUUGUGACUGUUCGCACUGGCAGAUUUCGAAACUUGUUCGAAACGAAACAACUUGUUCUGAUGAUCGCGCCAAGACUUUAUAAUCGUGUGUUUCAAAAUUAGGUGCGAACUGCGAGCGCCAAGGGAUACUAAGGGCAACGUACAUACUACAUUAUGUGGUAACUGUUAGACACAUGAAACAGUUCGUGUCAGAAAGUUGUUUGUGUGAGGGUAGUGAAGGCAGUGUGGUGGGUUUAUAUUUGUAGUAAGUGUGAUUCCGAUGAUGUGUUUGGAUGAGCAGAUAAUUGGAUGGUGAACUGAGCGCAAUUUCUGGUGAGACACGUCGCGACGUAUUUUUUCUAAUAAAUCUAGUGAAAAUAAU